UAGGAAUAUCGGCGAACAACAGCGGAGGAGAUGGAGUUUCGAUUUGGGCUCAGGAUCUCUUUGGUCCUGACUGUACUGGCUUUAACUCUGUAUGGAGGCGGUGUUGAAGGACAAAGAGCAGGUUGUAAGAACGUCCACUAUGAUCUGGUAUUCAUUUUGGACACCUCUUCAAGUGUGGGCAAGGAGAAUUUUGAGAAGAUCCGGCAAUGGGUGGCAAACCUGGUGGAAUCUUUUGACGUAGGUGUGGAUAAGACACGUGUGGCAGUGGUUCGCUACAGCGACCGCCCAACCGUCGAAUUCAACCUGGCAAGGUACAAAACAUUGGAGGAGGUCAAACGUGCGGCUGGGAACAUCCGCUACCUGGGUGGAAACACCAAGACUGGGGACGCCAUCAGCUUCACCACCACCAACAUCUUCACAGAGAGGGCAGGAGCGAGACCUGCUGCCAAGGGGAUUCAGAAAGUGGCCAUCUUGCUAACGGAUGGCCAGAGUCAGGAUUUUGUUUUGGAGCCGUCGGUUGCUGCAGCAGCUGCUGGGAUCAGGUUGUUCGCAGUAGGGAUUGGGGAAGCUCUGAAGGAAGAGCUGGAGGAGAUUGCAGCCGAGCCCAAAAGCGCUCAUGUCUUCCAUGUGACCGACUUUGACGCCAUCGACAAGAUCAGGGGCAGGCUGAGGAGGAGACUGUGCGAGAAUGUUCUGUGUCCCAAUAUGAAAGUCCAGGCGGGUCGUUUUAGACCGAACAGCACCAGUGCAGGACUGACGGAGGUCCCAGGUUUUGAUUUGAUGGAGUUCUUCAACGUAAGAGAUUUUCUUGGAGAAAAAUUUGAGCCCGGUCAGACUCCUUACGUCCGGCUUGGUGCAUUGCCCAUCGUCCAAAAGACAGAAGAUGUGUUACCUCAGGGUCUGCCAGACGAAUAUGCCUUUGUGACCACAUUUAAGUUCAGGAAAACAUCCCGUAAGGAAGACUGGUACCUGUGGCAAGUCUAUGACAAAUAUGGCAUCCCUCAGGUGUCCAUCCGUCUGGAUGGCGAGAACAGGGCGGUGGAGUAUAACGCUGUGGGCCUGACGAAGGAUGCGGUGCGGGCGGUUUUUAGGAACCCAGAGGUGGACAAUCUGUUUGACCGUAACUGGCAUAAGAUUGGCAUGAGGGUGGACUCCAAAUCUGUGUCGCUCUUUCUGGACUGCAAACACAUCGAGACGCUACCCAUCGAGGAAAGAGAAGACAUCGACAUCCAGGGGAAAACUGUCAUUGGGAAGAGGCUCUAUGACAGCGUUCCUAUUGACUUUGACCUGCAGAGGAUGGUGAUCUACUGUGAUGGUAAACAGUCCGAACAGGAGACGUGUUGCGAUAUUCCUGGUGGCUUAUGUGAACAAACUCUGGUGACUGAAGCCCCUCCAGUCCCACUGCCCACCCCGAAACCUACAAGCGCCGAGCAGAAGAAACCAGCCGCUGCCAACUGCUCCUGUCCUGCUGGGGAACGGGGUGAUACAGGUCUACCGGGUGCCCCGGGGCCCAAGGGUGAAAAGGGGGAUCCUGGUCUUAAAGGGGCAGAAGGACCACCAGGACUCAAAGGGCUGAAAGGAGAACGUGGUCAGGCUGUCUCUAUCAAAGGUGAUAGAGGAGAGAAGGGGGACAGCGGUGAGUUUGGAGAACCUGGACUCACAGGAGACAGAGGAGAAAAAGGAUCAGAUGGUUUACCAGGUCUGGCUGGGAAAAAAGGCGAUAAGGGUGAAAGAGGUGAUCAAGGAGUUGCUGGUGAAGCUGGGCUGCCUGGACCACUCGGACCAAAGGUUAGAGGAGGAGCUGGAAAUAAAGGAGAGAAGGGAUCCACUGGAGAUCAGGGUGAGCGGGGUGCAGAUGGGUUUCCAGGGAAACCAGGUCUUCCAGGAAAAGAAGGGGUUAGAGGGCUGAUUGGUGCUCCUGGUCCAAAUGGAGUAAAAGGAGAAAAGGGUGCACAAGGUCCUGCCGGAAUACCUGGUGAUGCGAUUCAGUUGGCAGGACUCAAGGGGGAGACUGGAGCCCAAGGAGAAGCGGGACUUCCAGGAGUGGACGGACUCCCUGGACCUCCUGGUCCUCCUGGACCUCCAGGUUUGCCUGGUGAGACGGGUGACACUGGACCAAGGGGUAAAAAAGGUGAUGCAGGAUUGCCAGGAGUUGAUGGUCUCCCGGGACCACCUGGUCCUCAAGGGCCUCCUGGAGUUUCUGGCAGCCCAGGACAGACAGGACCUCCGGGAUUACCUGGUGAAAUCGGAUUCUCAGGAAAACCAGGAGAAUCAGGAAAACCAGGUUCGCCAGGGAAAGAUGGAGCGGACGGUUUCCCUGGAAACGACGGCGAGAAGGGACAAAAAGGAGAAUCUGGACAGGAUGGCUUCCCUGGUAAACCUGGACCGAAGGGAGAUGAAGGCCCACCAGGACCCCGAGGACCUCCUGGUGAACGGGGAGAGUCUGGUUUGACCGGGCAGGUCGGCCCAAUGGGACCCAAAGGAGAGAGAGGGAACCACGGAGAGAGAGGAAGAGAAGGACUCAGUGGUGCAAAAGGAGAGAAAGGAGACAAGGGUGAGAUCGGCCCCAGGGGUCCGGCCGGAGCUCCAGGCAAUGUGGCCAAUGUGAUUCCUGAACCUGGUGAACCGGGUAAACCAGGAGAGAAGGGAGAGAAAGGAGAUCAAGGAAAGCCAGGUGACAUGGGUCAAAGAGGACUACCUGGAGAGCAAGGUUUCAGAGGACAACCAGGACCUGUGGGCCCUAAGGGUGAUGCUGGUGAUAAAGGAGAGCCAGGCAGACACGGAGACCCAGGUCCGCCUGGAUUGAUGGGCCCUCAGGGGUCCCGAGGACUGCCAGGGAAUGUGGGUAUUCCAGGCAGCAUUGGCCCACCUGGUAUUGCUGGUCAGAAAGGAGACAAGGGAGAUGGAGGAAAAGAUGGCCCUCCUGGACCCCCUGGUCCAACCGGUGAGCCUGGUUUAAGAGGAGAAAUUGGUUUGCCAGGAAAAGGCAAAGAGGGAGAAAAGGGCGACGCAGGACCUCCAGGUAUAGCCGGACCUCCCGGACUGAGGGGUUUGCCCGGUAAUCAGGGGAUGCAAGGGAUGCCAGGAAACAGAGGACCACCAGGAGAGGGAAGCCCUGGAUCUCAGGGGCCUCCAGGACCUGCGGGACCACCGGGUGCAGCGGGUUUGAGAGGACCCCCAGGAGUGGCUGGAGUACAGGGACCUGCUGGACAUAAUGGUAUACCUGGAAGACCAGGAGAGAAGGGCUCCCCUGGAGAACCAGGAAAAGCUGCAGACCUUUCUGAUCUAAACCUGAAGGGUGUGUGUUCAGAUUGUCCUGCUGGGCCGCCUGGACAACCAGGUAUUCCAGGACCUCCGGGUGACAAAGGUCAUUCUGGACCACCAGGGAAGAACGGACAGGAUGGAUAUGCGGGUGCUCCCGGACCAACAGGACCUGCAGGACCGCCUGGUAGUGAUGGAGCCAAGGGAGUCAAAGGUGACAGAGGCCCUGCAGGCACACCUGGAGAUAAGGGUGAAAAGGGUGCCCCAGGACCUCCUGGUUAUCCAGGAGCCGCAGGAGCCAUGGGUCAACCUGGUAAUGAUGGAAACCCUGGACCUGUAGGAACCCCUGGACCUCCUGGAGAAAAGGGUAAAGAAGGAAUGACUGGAAUUCAGGGACCUCCAGGUCUGCCAGGUCUAAUGGGUAUGAUGGGUAAACCUGGAAAGGAUGGAAGACCAGGAGAAUCAGGAGAGCCUGGUAAACAGGGAGAACCAGGACAGCCAGGAAGAGACGGACUCAGAGGAAUGCCUGGCUUCAAAGGUCACAGAGGAGAGCCCGGACCACCAGGGUCAAAGGGUGAAGAGGGGAAGCAGGGUGUUCCUGGACGUGAAGGUCAACCUGGGAAAGACGGGAACUCCGGACCACCAGGGCCAGAGGGCAUGAGAGGACCCCGAGGAGAAUCUGGCCAGCCAGGAGAACAAGGACCAACAGGCAAGCCUGGGUCUCAGGGAAAUCCUGGUCAACCAGGACACAAAGGGGAAGCAGGGAGCCCAGGAUUACCAGGCUUCCCAGGUCCAAAAGGGCCAUCGGGUCCGCCUGGACCAAUUGGCCCUGAGGGAAAACAAGGCAUGUUAGGAAAAGCUGGAGACCGAGGACAGAAGGGAGAAAAGGGCGAUAAUGGAAUAAAAGGAGACAAGGGACCUGUCGGAGAUCCAGGUAUUCCGGGUAAUCCUGGGUCUCCUGGCAGGAAGGGUCACACAGGAAUGAUGGGCAUGUCGGGACCCCCAGGGGAAGUGGGUCCCGCUGGGCCUCCUGGUACUCCAGGAAUACCCGGUCUUCCAGGUCUCAGAGGCGAGACACCAUCACUGGAACAAAUGAGGCGGCUCAUUCAGGAUGAACUUUCUAAGCAGUUGGAUGCUAAGUUGGCUUACCUGAUGGCUCAAAUGCAACCGGCUCAUAUCAAGAGCACUGCUGGCCGCCCUGGUCCACCUGGCCCACCAGGUAAAGAUGGGUCUCCUGGCCGACAAGGUCCUACUGGAGAGCCUGGAAUGCCUGGACAAAAUGGAGUAGAAGGACUAAGAGGUCCUGCUGGUCCUAAAGGUGAACGGGGUUCAAAGGGUGAAAAGGGAGAGGAUGGUGUUGGACAGAGAGGAGAGCCUGGUCCGAUUGGGCCCAUGGGUCCUGCAGGUAUGCCUGGAGAUGGAAAAGACGGUCUUCCUGGAGCUGCAGGUGCUCAGGGAGAGCCUGGCAAUCCUGGUCCUCACGGUCAGCCUGGACCUCCCGGACCAACAGGGCAGUGUGACCCCUCACAAUGUGCCUACUAUGCCAGUCUGGCAUCAAGACCUCACACCAAAAACGUCAAGGGGACUUAAAAACAACCUCACAAUCCUGAAAACCU